UUAGGGGGGAGGGUAAAAGCCAUGGGGGACACCCCCCCGGAACCCCUUUCCCAGGCGCGCGCUCUCCGCUGGAAGAGGCGCAGAGAGACGCUUUGCCCGGGAUAAGUGUUGGGGAGGCUGGUUGGGGGGCGCAUCCGGCCCUAACGCCCGAGGCUCAGAAAAGAGAGAGUUGGCGGAGGCAGCGGACUCCGUGCCGGGCCAUGGCCUAGGCCCUUCGGCCCGGGCCCGGGCUGCAAUGACCUCUUUGCCCUGCCCCCACCCUGGCCCGGACGCCUCCAAAGCCAUCUUCCCGGACAUCGCCCCCGUCCCAUCGGUAGUGGCUGCGUACCAGGUUGGCCUGUCCCCCGCAACCGCAGCCGCCUCCGAUUUGCCCUAUUCUGGGCCGUAUGGCCACCUCCUAUCGUAUUCCUACGCUGGACCGGCGACCCCCGGAGACUCCUACCUGCCCUGCCAGCAACCCGCGGCAUCGUCUCAGCAGUCUCAAGAGCAGGAGGCAGACUCUGAGAAGCCGCUGCUGUCCCUGGAGCCCUCGGAGGGGCGCUCGCAAGCCCCGACCAAGAAGCUCCGCAAGCCUAGGACCAUCUACUCGAAUCUGCAGCUGCAGCACCUGAACCAGCGUUUCCAGCACACGCAGUACCUGGCGCUGCCCGAGAGGGCCCAGCUGGCCGCGCAGCUCGGCCUCACCCAGACGCAGGUAAAGAUCUGGUUUCAGAACAAACGCUCCAAGUACAAGAAGCUCCUGAAGCAGAACUCUGGGGGACAGGAAGGGGACUUUCCAAGGAGGUCCCCCUCCCUCUCUCCCUGCUCCCCACCCCUUGCAGCCCUCUGGGAUCUACCCAAGGUGGGGGCCCUGCCCACUGGUGGCUAUGGCAACAGCUUUGGAGCCUGGUAUCAGCAUCACUCCCCAGAUGUCCUGGCUCCACCUCAGAUGAUCCUUGGCCAUUGCCCCCAUCAUCGCCACCGCCACCACCGCUGCCGCCGCCGCCGCCACCACCGCCACCACCACGGACUGGACUGGACACCUUCCUCCCAGCCGGUCAAAGGCUCUGGAGAGAGACUCACUACCUGGGCUUCAGACUGUUCCCAGGACCCUUAGUCUUGCCACCCCUUCCUUGAAAGAACAGCCGUCCCACCACAGCCUGGGGUCCAACUAGCCAACAGACACUGAGCGUUUUUUUCUCCAUGUGCCUUGGGCCUGGCCCACCCCACUGACAAGUAAAAGCAGAAGCGAAGCGGACAUCCAGAGUCUUCGAGCUGAUCGCCAUCAAGCCCCACCCACUUUUGUUUCUCACAACUGAUGCACCUGUUCGCCAUCCUCUGAGGUAGACGGGACACCCAAAAUGAGGAGUUUUGUGGAUCUAAGGGUGAUUUUUGCUCUCUUCCUAAAAAAGCCCCUUUUCCCCAUGUCUUCCCACAUUGGAUAAUGGAUCCAAUUAUCCAUCUGAUUCAACAGGUAUUUAUUAAGAGUCGAGUCCUCAUACCUAACAAACCCACAUGCACACACUCUCGAGAACCCAGUAGGGUAACCCUUUGGGGAGAGUGCGGACACACAGGCUCUCUGGGUAACUGUAGGUAGAGAAGGCCCCAAAGAGGUGGGGUGGGCCCAGAAAUUCUGCUCCUCAUAGUUGUCUCUGUCCAGAGGAACUACUCAUAUUUAUAACCAACCUGACUAGCCGCCCCCCAAGCUCUUACCACCCCCCAUAUCAUGAGCAUCUCGAUAUUAAAGUUUGUACAGAAACCUGG